CUUGAGAACCAACCGUUCACAACCAACCAACCUAAAGCAACAUGUUCAAAUACUUUGCCCUGUGCCUGUUCGCCAUCGUGGCCUGCGUGUCUGCCAAGCCAGCGGUGCUUGCCGCUCCACUGGCGUACUCUGCUCCUCUGGUGGCCGCCUCUCCCUACACCGCUGCCUACACCGCCGCCUACACUGCUCCGGUGGCCAGCGCCUACUCCGCUUACUCCGCCUAUCCCUAUGCCUCCGCUUACUCCGCCUACUCCGCCUAUCCCUAUGCCGCCUACUACCGCUAAGAUCCCGGAUAUAUGAUGGAUUAUCCCGACUGCUCAACUGGACCUGAAAUAUACCU